UCGACGGUUUUCCCACACUGACACUGCAGUUUUGGUGUUCCCCGUGACCUCGCUUGUCCGCCAAUCAGAGGCCCCAAAAUCCCCGCCAGAUAGACAUAUAAUUCAUUGAAAAGACAUCCUUUCGCCUUCGGGCAUUUGGUCAAUUUGAAACGAUACAGAGAAGAUUAGCAUGGCCCCUGCACUAAGGAUGACACGCUCAAUCAAAGAGAAGCUACCAGUUUUUUUUUGCCUUUUACAAGUCCAUAUUGGAGGUAGGAGCGUAGGAGUGCUUUUGCGGUUAUCGCAAGGGCGUGCGUUCGAAACGGACUGGAUUCGUCCUUUUUUUUUUUUUUUUUUUUUAAAGUUCCCUCUCUUUUCUUUUCCAUUCGCUGUAGUCGUAGUUCAUACAUCCAUCUUAUCAUAAUUCUUAAUCCCGAAUAAAUACAUUGGAUGCAAA